CUCGUGAUCUGUGGCAAAAGGAGAGAGGGGUCGAUAAAUCUUUUGUACGUGUGAGAAGCUCGCAGAAGCACGAUGGAGGAGACCUUAACCUCUCCGGUUCAUUAGAACUCCUGAGUCCGCAGCCCCGCACGCCUCCCACAGACCCCCUGUACCUCAAGAACACUGACCUGUUUGACAUGAUUGAGAAGAUGCAGGGCUGCAGAAUGGAUGAGCAAAGAUGCCCUCUUCCACCACCUCUGAAAACAGAAGAAGAUUACAUUCCCUACCCCAGUGUUCACGAGGUUCUCAAGAGACAGACCCCGUUUCCGAUUGUGCUUCUCCCCCAGUUUGGAGGCUACUGGAUCGAGGGCACCAACCACGAGCUUCCCAGCUCCCCAGAAACCGAUCAGCUCUCCUCCCCCUCCUCCAAACUCAAGCUGGAGACCAACAUUAUAGCCAAACUUUACCGCAAACACUUCAUGGGAAAGGAGCACUUUAACUAUUAUACCAUUGACAGUGCGCUGGGCCAUUUAGUAUUCUCCCUAAAGUACGACAUCAUUGGCGACCAGGAGCACCUGAGACUUCUGCUGAGAACUAAAUUCAGAACCUACCACGAUGUCAUCCCCAUCUCCUGUCUGACCGAAUUCCCGAAUGUGGUGCAAAUGGCCAAGCUCGUUUGCGAAGAGGUGAACGUGGACAGAUUCUUCCCGGUGUUAUACCCGAAGGCCUCCCGGCUGGUUGUGGCAUUUGAUGAGCACGUCAUCAGCAAUAACUUUAAGUUCGGGGUGAUCUACCAGAAGUUCGGGCAGACCUCGGAAGAAGAAUUAUUCACCAACACUGAGGAGAGCCCUGCCUUUGUGGAAUUUCUGGAACUGCUGGGCGAUAAAGUGGAGCUGCAGGACUUUAAAGGGUUCCGCGGGGGCCUGGAUGUGGCGCACGGACAGACGGGGACGGAAUCCGUUUACUGCAACUUCAGGAGCAAAGAAAUCAUGUUCCACGUCACCACCAAACUGCCCUACACCGAGGGCGACACACAGCAGCUGCAGCGGAAGCGACACGUGGGGAACGACAUCGUGGCCAUCGUGUUCCAGGACCACAACACUCCCUUCGUGCCCGACAUGAUCGCUUCCAACUUCCUGCACGCCUACAUGGUGGUGCAGGUGGAGAAUAGCUGCAGCGACAACACGCUCUACAAGGUUUCGGUCACGGCAAGGGAUGACGUGCCUUUUUUUGGCCCGCCUCUUCCCGAUCCGGCCAUAUUCCAGAAGGGUCCCGAAUUCCAGGAGUUUCUCCUGACAAAACUCAUCAAUGCGGAGUAUGCCUGUUACAAGGCCGAGAAGUUUGCUAAGUUGGAGGAGCGCACACGCUCAGCCCUGCUGGAGACGCUGUAUGAGGAGCUCCACGCCAACAGCCAGGCCAUGAUGGGGGUGGGCACCGAGGAUGAGAAGAUGGAGAACGGAGGCAGCGGAGGUGGGGGCUUCUUCGAGUCGUUCAAGCGAGUUAUUAGGAGUCGAAGCCAGUCGAUGGAUGCCAUGGGUCUGAGCAGUAAAAAACACAGCUCUGUCUCCACGAGUCACAGUGGCAGUUUCACCCACAGUCCAGGAGACAUCACCAAACCCCCAGGGAUUUCAUUGCUUGUUCCUGGAAAAAGCCCAACUAAACACGGAAGACGUGGCAGUGCCAUAGGGAUAGGAAGAAUAGAAGAGUCGUUGAUAAUUCCCGGGAAAAGUCCGACCAGGAAGAAAUCGGGACCCUUCAGCUCCCGCCGGAGCAGCGCCAUCGGGAUCGAGAACAUCCAGGAGGUGGCGGAGAGGAGGGAGAGCGCGUCCAGUACUCAGAAGACCCCGGACAGCGGCCACGUGUCCCAGGAGCCCAAGUCCGAAAACUCUUCCAAUCAGAGCUCCCCGGAGAUGCCGACCACCAUGAACAGGGCCACACUGAACCAGAAGGGCUCGAGUGACGGGAAUCAGGACCUCUCUCGCUCGUCCUCGAACACCAGCAGCUUUGCCAGCGUGGUGGAGGAGAGCGAGGCCCUGGAGGACUACGACACCGGAAUGGUAAUCAUGGACAGCCUCUCUUCGGCCGGGACGCCCCACAAGCGAGAUUCCUUCACCUACAGCACAUGGUUGGAGGACACGGCGAGCACAGCCAGUGCCGUCAGCACCGCCAGCUCUCCCGCAGGGGGGCCUCGGACAUUCCAGACUGACGUGACCAGAGCUGGAGACUCACCCAGGCCGGAGGUCAAAAUCAAGCUGGAAAAACCAGAGCAGCACAAACACAGUCAGAGCCACCAAAAGCGACACAAGCUGCUGGAGCUGAGGAAAAGCCGGAUGACAGCCAGUAGCGAGGACGAGGGGUCGUUACCAUUACCCAAGCGGGAACCAGCCGACGGCAAACCGGCAAAGUGAGCAUCCGCCGGAGAGCUUCGGAGAGAAGGGAAGAAGGGGAGAGAGAGAGAGAGAGAGAGAAAGUGCGGAGUUUGAUUGAACUUUGAUGGCGAUAUUCUCGUUUAAAACUGCCUCGGUGUGUGUGUGUGUAAAAAAAACAAUCCCAUGUUUGUGAUUCUCAUCUCUCUGGUGUGUCGGUGUGAAGUAUCUUCAUUGGGUUUAGUCUAAAAGCACAAAUGUUCCAGCCAGUGUCCACAGCGCCGAGAUGUGUGUCCCUCAGUAACACUCCUGUUAGCCUCUAUUUAUUGACAUUGUCUCUUUGUCAUUUUCCUGGUGAUUUAGCCCUGAAUUUAUGGCCCAAAGCCCUCGGCCACCGAAUGAAAAUACAUCUUGUAAAUACAGCUUUUUGUAAAUAACGCUUCAAAUAAAUGUCACGAUCUGAAACCAACA